UACAUUUUAUCAUCUUCAUUUUGUCGUCUUCUUUCCUCCCUGUAACUCUAUCCUCCUCCGUUUCUUUCGUUAAACCCUAUAAUCCUUCUUCUUUCCUCUCUGUAACUCUAUCCUUCUCCAAUUCUUUUGUGAAACUCUCUAAUCUCCUUCCUUGUACCGGGCGCUAAGGUAUGAGUAUUUUGCUAUUUUUUUGAUAAAAUGGAGUUUUUGCAGUAGUUUCCAUCGUCUGUCCAGGGUUGAGCCCUGGGAUUCGAACUGAAAAAUCGUUUCCAUCGAUCUUAAGAAGACAAGAAGGGAAGAAAAGAGUUCACUGUCCCGCGAAUUACUCCUCACAACGUUGUUGUGCUUCUCCCACGACGCUCACAGUCGAAGCCAUGAAUUCCUCUCUCCUCACAGCUUCUACUCCCUCCUCGACUCGACCUUCCCUUCUUUCCUCGUCUUCCAUCAAUCCUACUCCUCUACGGUUCAAAACGAGCUGCCGUGUCAAACGACGACGUUUUAGAGUCACCAUCCCCCGCAACUCCGCUUCUUCUUCUGAUCAACCUGCUGCUUCAACAUCUGUAACGACUGCCGGUGUAUUCGGAGGGAAGAAGGAGCUGAGCGGCAUCCAACCGGUGGUCGAAAAAUUGUCUCCGCCUGUCAGGUUAGCUACCUCCGCAAUUAUUCUCGCCGGAGCAAUUGCAGCUGGUUACGGAUUGGGGUUCCGGUUCGGUGGGAACCGUAAUGUGGCAUUAGGUGGAGCCGCUGUUGCUGGUGCUGCGGGAGGGGCUACUGUGUAUGCGUUAAAUGCGGCUGUUCCAGAGGUUGCAGCCAUUAGUUUGCAUAAUUAUGUGGCUGAGUUUGAUGAUCCUGGGGCCGUUAAGAAGGAGGAUAUAGAUAGAAUCGCUAAUAAGUAUGGUGUGAGCAAGCAGGAUGAGGCAUUUAACGCUGAGAUAUGUGAUAUAUACUGCCUGUUUGUGACUUCUGUCCUUCCAACUGGAGGGGAAGAUCUUAAAGGUGAUGAAGUUGACAAGAUAAUUAAUUUUAAAAAUUCCCUGGGGAUUGAGGAUCCAGAUGCAGCUGCAAUGCAUAUGGAGAUUGGCAGACGAAUUUACAGGCAAGGGCUUGAGACUGGAGAUCGUGAUGGCAGUGUAGAGCAGCGUCGGGCAUUUAUGAAGUUGAUUUAUGUUUCAACUCUUGUUUUUGGGGAAGCAUCAUCAUUCCUUUUACCAUGGAAGCGUGUUUUCAAGGUUUCUGAUGCACAGGUUGAGAUUGCAAUCCGUGACAAUGCCAAACAGUUGUAUGCUAACAGGAUAAAGUCACUUGGUAGAGAUAUUGAUGUGGAGCAGCUUGCUAGCCUUAGAGAAGCACAGCGCUCGUAUCGACUUUCUGAUGAGCUUGCUGAGGAAUUGUUUAGGGAGCACAUAAGAAAACUGGUUGAGGAAAGUAUUUCAUCAGCACUUGCUAUACUGAAGUCUAGGACAAGAACAGUGAGGGGAGUUACUCAAGUUGUGGAAGUGCUUGACAAGGUGCUGGCAUUCAAUAACCUGCUUAUUUCUCUUAAAAACCAUCCAGAUGCAGAUCGGCUUGCACGUGGGGUUGGUCCUGUUUCUUUAAUAGGUGGUCAGUAUGAUUUGGAUAGAAAAAUGGAUGACUUGAAGCUUCUUUAUAGAGCAUAUGUUACAGAUUCUUUAUCUGGUGGCCGUCUGGAAGAAAAUAAGCUUGCUGCAUUGAGUCAAUUGAAGAACAUACUUGGUUUGGGAAAACGGGAGGCUGAAGCUAUUUUGCUUGAUGUUACGUCAAAGGUAUAUCGUAAAAGACUCGCACAGGUUGUUUCCAGUGGUGACUUAGAGCUAGCAGAUAGCAAAGCAGCAUUUCUUCAAAAUCUCUGUGAGGAAUUGCAUUUUGAUCCAGAGAAGGCGAGUGAGAUCCAUGAAGAAAUUUACCGACAAAAGCUUCAGCAAUGUGUUGCUGAUGGAGAGCUGAGUGAUGAAGAUGUUGCUGCUUUGCUGAAGUUACGAGUUAUGCUCUGUAUUCCUCAGCAGACAGUCGAUGAUGCUCAUUUAGAUAUCUGCGGCAGUUUGUUUGAAAAGGUUGUGAAGGAAGCAAUUGCCUCAGGUGUUGAUGGUUAUGAUGCUGAAAUUAAAAAGGCUGUGAGAAAGGCAGCACAUGGCUUGAGAUUAACAAGAGAUGUUGCAAUGUCUAUUGCUAGCAAAGCUGUUCGAAGAAUUUUUCUGAAUUAUGUAAAACGAGCUAGAACUGCUGAAAAUCGCACUGAGGCUGCAAAAGAACUUAAAAAGAUGAUUGCUUUCAACACCUUAGUUGUGACUGAAUUGGUGGCAGACAUAAAGGGGGAGUCUUCUGGUACUCCGUCAGAAGAGCCCACUACAGAGGAAGAAAAGCAACCUGCUGAGGAUGAUGAAUGGGAAUCCCUUCAGACCCUUCGGAAAAUAAGACCUAGCAAGGAACUUGCUGCAAAGAUGGGGAAGCCCGGCCAGACAGAGAUAACACUCAAAGAUGACCUUUCUGAGAGAGAUCGGACUGAUCUUUACAAGACAUACCUGCUAUUUUGUCUAACUGGAGAAGUUACCAAGAUUCCUUUUGGUGCUCAGAUCACCACAAAAAGAGAUGAUUCAGAGUAUUUGUUACUAAAUCAACUUGGUGGGAUCUUAGGUUUGACAGCUUCUGAGACAGUGGCAGUUCAUAGGGGCUUGGCAGAGCAGGCAUUUAGGCAACAGGCGGAGGUGAUUUUGGCUGAUGGACAGUUGACCAAGGCCAGGGUUGAGCAGCUGAAUGAGUUGCAGAAGCAAGUUGGAUUGCCUACCCAGUAUGCAGAAAAAGUGAUAAAGAGCAUAACAACUACAAAAAUGGCAGCUGCAAUUGAAACAGCUGUUAAUCAGGGAAGAUUGAACAUAAAGCAGAUACGAGAACUCAAGGAAGCAAAUGUUAAUCUUGACAGCAUGAUUUCUGAAAGCAUGAGAGAAAACCUCUUCAAGAAAACCGUAGAUGACAUUUUCUCAUCAGGUACUGGUGAAUUCGAUGAGACAGAAGUUUAUGAGAAAAUUCCAUCAGACCUUAACCUUAAUGCUGAGAAAGCAAAAGCACUUGUUCAGGAUCUCGCACAAAGCAGGUUAUCGAAUUCACUGAUUCAGGCUGUGUCACUACUGAGGCAGAAAAAUCGCCAAGGAGUGGUUUCUUCGCUAAAUGACUUACUGGCCUGUGACAAAGCUGUGCCAUCAGAGCCAUUAUCGUGGGAGGUGCCCGAGGAGCUUGUCGAUUUGUUUGCUAUUUAUACCAAGAGUGAACCUGCACCUGAAAAACUGUCUCGCCUGCAGUAUAUACUUGGUAUUAACGAUUCAACCGCAGCUGCUCUCCGAGAGAUGGGGGAUAGAACACUUCCUGUUGGAGCCGAGGAGGAAAAUUUUGUAUUCUGAGUCUGAAUGUUAUGGAAGAGUUUUGUUUAUAUAAUUUUGAUUUUAGAGAAAAGUAUGGCAAUUGAAUUUAUGAAAUUUUGUCCAGUUGUAAUAGAUGUUUAGAUGUGGUGAAUAUCUUCUGUCUGGAUCUGGAUUUUUAUGGCUCCAAAUUGUUAAAAGAGUUAUUGUACCGAUUUCUUUGCGA